AGAAUUGAUUUCAGAAUCACCAUUGAUUGAUCUGACAUUUGAUGAUGCAGAGAGGUCUCAGCAGUCAAACAACGUGGAUGUUAAACCGGUUGAACGAAGUGAAACUAAUUCAAAUGGUGCUGAACGACAGAAUGGAUCGACUUCAAAAGGGAAAUCCAAAACAAACUGUGAGUUUUGUAAUUAUGUGGCCAAAUAUCCGAAAGAUCUAAUAAGACACAGACGCAUACACACUGGCGAGAAACCAUUUGAAUGCAACAUUUGUGCGAAAGGAUUUGCUCAAAAGGGUGAUCUGAAGAAGCACAUGAGAACUCACGCAAAACAAUUCCCAUUCCAGUGCUCGAUUUGUCGACAAGGAUUCACAGUGAAACGGACAAAAGAGACGCACGAGAAGAACUGCAAUCCACGUCGAUUUGAAUGUUACUUGUGCAAAUAUGAUACAUUAUACAAAACACACUUAGUCAAUCAUAUACGCAUUCAUACCGGUGAAUUGCCUUUUAAAUGCAACAUUUGUGCGAAGAGAUUUUCUGUAAAGAAUACUCUAAAGGGGCACAUGAGAACUCACGCGAAACAAUUCCCAUUCCAAUGCUCGAUUUGUCGACAAGGAUUCACAGUGAAGCGGAUAAAGGAGAUGCACGAGAAAAACUGCAAUCCACGACGAUUUGAAUGUUACUUGUGCAAAUAUGCUACAUUCAACAAAACACACAUAGUUGAUCAUAUGUGCAUUCAUACCGGAGCCAGAUCAUUCCGAUGUUCUCAUUGUGCGAAACGAUUCGCCAAAAAAUCUGAUUUUGAAUCGCACUUAAAACGACUUAAUGGCAAAGCGAAAGUACAAGUUCAAGAACUUUUCACUGUUGAAGAAUGGCUGGAGAUUGAGACCAAUUCAAAUGGCACUGAACAACCGAAAGGAUCGACAUCGGGCGUAAAAUCCAAAACAAAAUGUGAGUUUUGUAAUUAUGUGGCCAAAUGUCCAGCACAGCUGAUAACACAUGGACGAAAACACACUGGCGAGAAACCAUUUGAAUGCAACAUUUGUGCGAAAGGAUUUACUCGAAAAGAAAAUCUGAAUAAGCACAUGAGAACUCAUGAAAAACAUUUCCCAUUCCAUUGCUCGAUUUGCCUACAAGGAUUCAAAGUGAAACGAACGAAGGAGACACACGAGAAAAACUGCAAUCCACGACGAUUUGAAU